AUGUGGCACGCUGUCUCUUCGUGGACAUGGGAUGCUCACGAUGAGACAUGUGGAAUUUGUCGGAUGGCUUUUGAUGGUUGUUGUCCUGACUGUAAACUCCCAGGAGAUGAUUGUCCCCUAAGUAAGAAUAUGACCACUGAAUGUAACUUGGUUCCACUCGACAACGAGCUUGUCCGAGUAGUUAUUGGACACGGCUUCUUCAUUUGGCCGGGGAUCUCAUGGAGCCACUCUGAGGAGAACGAAGGCAACUCAAUUGCGAGCUGUGAGGUAGUGAGACCCCUUUUGCAUCUUUAUGUCGUAGCAGUAGAAGAAGAAGUCGAGGUCUUGGUCUCCGAGGCGACAACGACUGAGUAUGAUGAGCGUGACCAUGAGGUCGCCGAGACGACUAAGGUCGUCUUGAAUAGAAAAACAGAGACUACUAUGGAUUUGAACGAGCUUCUAAGAAUGGGGAAGAUCACAGAAGGUCUUAAAGGUGUCGAUUUUCUCGGACGUCGCUUAGGCGAAGGAGUUGAGUUUUUCCGAGUCAUCCAUCUCGAACAGCUCGUCCAAGGUGGGUUGACCCUCGAUGGAUUUUUUGGGGACCCGAGAAUGAUGGUUUGGGAUGAGGACGAGGUGUCAGAACAAAGGUCGUUUUGGUUUAUAUUACUGUCGGUGCUCAGGCCUGAGACAUGGUUGUUGAGAAUAGGGAUCUGA